AUGCAUAAAUAUAAAUUUUGUACUCAAGUGCACUUACCUUCUCAAUUGUUCCAUUGUUUGUCCGCGAUAAUCGCAGUUUGGCUGUGUACAAAUGAACGAUUUCUCGUCACCAUGUGUAAGAAGAUGAUUUCUUGCGUCGGCUGCAUUGUGACCAAUGUGAAUGCAGUUCGGAAGCUGGCAUGGGAAAGUUUUUGUCUUGAGGCGAUUACGAUGAAUAAAUUUGUGUUGUUCAAGAACAUGUCUAAUGGAAGGAAAAAAUCGUCUUGCUAA